GGCCCAAGCUGAUUUUAUUAUCCGUUGAACUAUUUCACUUGUCAAGUUGUCGCCUUCCCUCUCGCCGCGCCGGAAUGUGAAGUAGACUCAGCCGGAAAACAAUCCUGAAGAGAAUCGUCGACAAAAAUAAAAAGGUGUAGACUUUGAGCUUUUCUUUUUUCUCGUGGUCGUGGGGUUUGAAAAUUUUGACCAAAGCAAUGUAAAAAUGAAAAGACCCACUUGCCCACUUGCAUCUUUUCCCCGCCAACUCUUCCACCCAUUGCCAUUAUCAUAGUCGCGUGGUGGAUGUUCGCUUCCACUUCCAGCAAUAAAGCGAGAAUCCCCUGCUUCCGGCCACCCUUCCUUCCACCGGAAUUGUUUAUUCUAUAAUAAUAAUACCGCCAACGGCCAGCCAAUUUGACCUCUUACUUUCUCUGACCCAUGCCUUUUUUGUACUCACAUGCCCACCAUUCCCAAUUCAUUAAUUCAAUCCACCAUCCCCUGAAAACCCACCCACCAACAUGGCGAUGGCGAUCGCCUUACUCCUUCUCACCUCCGCUGCCGCCGCCGCCGCCGCCGCCGCAGCACCACCAAUACCUUCUUCUUCUACUACUACACCAGCAACAAGGUGCCCAUUCGAUCUAAGCUACGUCCGCACAAUCCCAUGGGACACUUCCCUCUGCCAGCGACCCGCCGCCGCCCCGCACUGCUGCCAGACCCUCACCAGCCUCUUCGGCAUCGGGAUGUCUCAGCACCUCCGCCAGACCUCCGUCUUCGAGCUCCCCAACGCCAACGUCUCCGCCGCCUGCCUCGCUGACCUCCGGACCAACCUCGCCGCCAUCUCGAUCGACCCUUCCUUCGUCCCUCUCUGCUUCAACGACUCCAAUCAGUUCGUCUCCAGUCCUUCCAGCUGCGUCGGGAUCAUCACCGCCGCCGAUUGGAUCAGUAGGGUCGGACCCAUCACCCCGCUGGAUGCUAAUUGCAGAGGCGACCUCUCAUCGGGGCUGACCCGCUGCAGCGCUUGCUUCAACGCCGGGUUGCAGGUGAACUCUCAGCUCUCUAGCCUCAUGCCCAAUUCGACUUCCAAGUGUUUCCACUUCACUUGUAUGUAUGCUGUUGCUAUGGUGAACGAGCGUGGCCCUCUCGAUGCCAAGACAUCGGGUUGUAUUCUGGCGUUGCCGUUGAAAAGCUCUGUUGGUGAAAACCCUAAUCAGGGCAAACAUGGGAAAAGAAGCGAAUUAGGGCUUGUUUUGGGGGUUAUCGGUGGUGUUGUUGGUGUUGUAAUUGCUGCCGUGUUGAUUGGGGUGUUGUGGCGAAAGAGGCGAAAGAGGAAGCACGAUGAGGCUUCCCAUGAGCAAUUUGUCAGCAGUUUCAAAUCUGCUGUGCUGCCGAAUUCUGGAGCCAAGUGGUUUCAGGCGUCGGAGCUUGAAAAGGCUACGGAUGGGUUCUCACAGAGGAAUUUCCUGGGGAAAGGAGCUUUUGGUAUUGUGUACAAAGGGGUUCUUGCAGAUGGCAGGUUGAUUGCUGUGAAGGAAAUGCACGAUCCUGAUUCUCUGAGGGAUGAGGAGUUCUCCAAUGAGGUUGAGAUCAUCAGCAAGAUCAGGCACAGGAAUCUGCUCGCCCUGCGAGGGUGCUGCGUUGCUAGUGACGCAGUCAGAGGGAGGAGGAGGUUUCUGGUCUACGAUUACAUGUCGAAUGGAAGUCUCGGUGAUCAUCUAGCCAAUGACAGGAGCAGAAAUCAGUUGAGUUGGCCUCACAGGAAGAGAAUCCUCCUCGACGUUGCCAAAGGACUUGCAUACCUUCACCACGGGAUCAAACCCGCCAUUUAUCACCGCGACAUCAAGGCCAACAACAUACUGCUGGACAAUGAAAUGAAGGCCAAGGUUGCUGAUUUCGGGCUUGCAAAGCAGAGCUUGGAAGGUCAGUCUCACGUUACGACGAGGGUGGCUGGAACGCACGGUUAUUUAGCACCGGAGUAUGCGUUGUAUGGGCAGCUGACGGAGAAGAGCGAUGUGUACAGCUUCGGGGUUGUGAUUCUCGAAGUCAUCAGUGGAAGGAAGGUUAUCGAUUCGUCGAGCUCGUCGUUUCUUUUGAUCACGGACUGGGCAUGGAUGUUGUUGAAAUCCGGGAAGGUAGAGGAGAUCUACGAUGAGGCGAUACGAGAGGAAGGUGCUAAGGAUGUGAUGGAGAGGUUUGUUCUUGUUGGAAUGCUGUGUGCUCAUGUAAUGGUGGGGUUCAGGCCGACGAUUGCUGAUGCUUUGAAGAUGCUGGAAGGUGACAUUGAUGUUCCUAAGUUGCCUGACAGGCCAUCGCCACUCAGUCACGAAUCAUUUCGGCAUUCUGCUAAGAGCUCGCUUUAUGGUUCAUCUGUAGGCAGCGAGAGGUCGAAAGCUUCCAACACCUCCAUCUCCAGCUCAAGUACCGCAUCUUGAUGCUGUUCUAUGGAUUCUUGGAUUUGAUUAGAUGCGUUGCUGUGUGUUUGAAAUUUUGUUUGUAUUUACAAUCGAGGCAAGUAAUAUCCAUUUAUACGCAAUAAAAUCAAAUCACAGCCUCUCAAAGCGAACUGCUAUAGCGCCUUGAUGAGAGAUGAUGGUGGUCAACCAGUACGGCGAGUUAGGACUAGUACGACUACAGUACUCAGGACAGGACUAGGAUUAUCUGGAGAAAAUAAAGAAGAUUAGCUACGGCUACCAAUACCCACAACUACAAGGAGAAACACCUGUAACGAGCCAACGAGAAAAGUGAAAACACAAUAAAUUCCAGUCUCCCAAACCAAAAACACUACCCAACCUGUACUAGCUGUCAAAACACCCGUCCGCUCAACCCAAUCCGCAAUUCGAUCGCAACUCAAAUUGACUAAAAGUCAACAGCCUAUAACCCGUCCGACCCGCAAGCCGAUUGACCUGUAACCUGAUUAACCCGCAACCCAAACUUGAUUGACCCGACCGACUAACCCAUGACCCGACCAACUCAACUCGAACUCCACUCCAUCCACUUGAAUAAUUAUUAAUUAUAUAAUAUAUCAUUUUUCAAAAUGAAUUUUUUAUUCUAUACUUAGGUAAAAAAAAUUAAUUUCGUGUAGGAAAUUCAAAAAAUAUGAAACCCACUUGAUAUUACGUAUUUUAAUAAAAUUGCAAAAAUUGA